GUGUGUGUGUGUUUCCCCGUGAAGGCAUGGGCUGCUUCUGGGGGGCGGAGAGGAGGUUCUGGCUGCAGAAGGGCGUGUACUCCACACAGGUCGGCUACUCGGGGGGCUGCACCGACAACGCCACCUACGAGGACGUGUGCACAGGUAAAACUGGUCAUGCUGAAGUGGUGCGGGUGGUUUACCAUCCAGAGAACAUCAGUUUGGGGAAUCUGCUGAAGGUCUUCUGGGAGAGCCAUGACCCCACUCAAGGCAUGCGACAGGGCAAUGACGUGGGCACCACCUACCGCUCCACCAUCUACGCCUACACCCCUGAGCAGCUCCAGCAGGCCCUAACGUCCAAAGACGAGUAUCAGAAGGUGAGUAGCACCCCCCCCAAAACAUCCCUAAACUGACGAUCUGCCCCACUG